ACAAGUUCACAGAGUCUUUUCUAAACUACACAGCCGAGUCUCUGCACGCUGACAUGUCUGCUGACGGCAGUUCGCUCUGUGAAAACCAGUUUCUGUGCUCCAUCUGUCAGGAUGUGUUCACUGAUCCAGUCAGUACACCAUGUGGACACAACUUCUGUAAAGAAUGCAUCACUAAACACUGGGAUAUUAAUGUGCCUUACAAGUGUCCCAACUGUAAAAAGAUCUUCUACACCAGACCUGAGCUGCAGGUGAAUACUUUUGUCUCUGAGAUGGUUGCUCACUUUAGACAGUCGGCUCAUCAGAGAGCGAGCAGCAGCAGCUCAGAGCAACAAGUUGCCCAACCAGGAGACGUUCCCUGUGACGUCUGCACUGGAACCAAACUGAAGGCCCUGAAGUCCUGCCUGGUGUGUCUGGUCUCCUACUGUGAGACUCACCUGGAGCCUCACCUGACAACGCCAGGCCUGAAAAGACAUCAGCUGAUCGACCCUGUGGAGGAUCUAAAAGGCAGGAUGUGUACGAAGCACGAUAAACCUCUGGAGCUGUUCUGUGAGACCGACCAGAUGUGUGUCUGCAUGCUCUGCACUGUUCUAGACCACAAGUCACAUGAUGUUGUUCCUCUGAAAGAAGAAUACCAAAGACAGAAGGUCCAGGUUGAGAAGACAGAAGCUGAAAUUCAGCAGACGAUCCAGGAGAGACGACUUAAGAUUCAAGAGUUCAAACGUUCAGUCAAGUUCAGCAGGGAAAAUGCAAACAGAGAGAUAGGAGACAGCAACUCUGUCUUCAUCAAGCUGAAGGAGGCUAUUGAGAGAAACCAGGACAAAGUCAUCAAGAAGAUUGAAGACAACCACAAAGUGACAGCAAAGGAGGCUGAAGGCUUCAUCAAAGAGCUGAACCAGGAAAUCUCUGAGCUGAAGAAGAGGAGUGCUGAGCUGAAGCAGCUCUCACACUCAGGAGACCACCUUUACCUCGUCCAGAACUUCAAGUACCCGAAUGCUGCUCCACCCACAAAGAACUGGACAGAAGUCAGAGUCGGUCCAGCUUCAUAUGAGAGGAACAACAGAACUUUGGCUCAGUUGCUGGAGAUGCUCAAAAAUGAGACAAAGAAGCUGCUCACAGAGUUUGAGCUGAAGACCGUCCAGCAGUUUGCAGUGGACGUCACUCUGGAUCCUGAUACAGCAAAUCCCUGGCUCAUCCUGUCUGAAGAUGGGAAACAAGUUCAUCACGGUCUUGUAGAGAAGAAUCUACCAGAUACUCCAAAGAGAUUUUCUACUUCUAUCUAUGUCUUAGGGAAGCAGUCUGUUUCUACAGGAAGGUUUUACUUUGAGGUUCAGGUUAAAGGGAAGACUGGUUGGGUUUUAGGAGUAGCAAGAGAGUCAGCCAAUAGAAAUGGGCUAAUCCAUUUGAGCUGUAAGAAUGGUUACUGGACACUAUGGUGUAUUAAUGAAAAAGUCUUCAGUGCUCUUACUGAGACCCCUGUCUCUGUCUGUGUGGAGUCUCAGCCUGAGAAGGUUGGGGUGUUUGUAGAUUAUGAGGAGGGUCUGGUCUCCUUUUAUGACGUUGAUGCAGCGAGUCUUAUCUACGCCUUUACUGGCUGCUCCUUCACUGACAAACUCCUCCCACUCUUCUGUCCCUCUACCAAUCAGGGUGGUAAAAACUCUGCCCCUCUCAUCAUCUGUCCUGUUAACCAUGCUGAGUAGAAUAACCAUUGAUUUUUUUUUUUAUUUUUUGCAUUCAUGAUGACUGUAUCUAUCACAAGUGGAUAAGCAGGUUAAGAAAUAACAAGUAUGGAAGUAUGUGAUAGGAAUUCUGAAGAAAACUUAUUUAUUGUAAGUAUAGGCCUCUUGGUCACAAGCUUAACUUAGAUAAUUGUUCAUUUUCAUCUAGCAGAGUUAUGUUGUUUGAUUAAUUUGGUGUGCAAGUUGAUUUCUUGGUUCUUGUUCUUUUAAUUUUCCUAUAUUUACCUGUCUACCGAAGGGUCAACAUAAACACACACCCACUAUGUACAAGCAAGAAAAUGUGAAAAAGUGUGUAUAUAAUAUAUAGCAUUAUAUUAUAUACACACUAUAUAUAUAUAUUAUAUUAUAUACACACUUUAUAUAUAAUCAGUUAAAUAUACACAAAACACUAUAAUAUCAGAGAUAAUUGAACCUACCCUUUCAUUGUUUGUUUGUAUGUAUUUCAUGGUCCAUUGUAAAUAUUUGUAUUUUUCUUUAUAAUCAUGUCUUAUACUACUGCACUGUUUAUUGUCGUAUACCAAUCAUCAAGCCAAAUUCCUUGUAUGUGCAAAUAUCUUUGGAAAUAAUCCCUCUCUGAUUCUACAAAGUAUAUUGUAAUAUUGUGUGGGAGUGCAAAGAAUACUGGAAAAAUUGUAUACGCUGUCAUUUUAAUAAAUAGAUAAGAUUUC